UGUAGACAUAUGACUGUAGAUCCCCAACUCAGCAGGCAGGCAAAGACUUUAGAAGACUGCUGCAGCCCGUCCCUCUUUAGGUGGUGGGAUUCCCCUCCUGGUGGGGUUAAAGUGAUGGAGAGGCCUGAUGAUGAGGAGUCACCUGGUGCAACAGGUGGUGAAGGGGAUGGAAGAGACACCACACCUGUUCACAACACUGGUACUCCUGAUGGUAUGGCAGCACUAGGAGUCAUGCUACAGGGCUUCAUGUUAAAUCAACAGCAGUCAAUGCAACAGGCAAUGCAAUCCAUGCAGCAACAGAUGCAGCAGCAGAUCAGCCAGCUACAGGAGGAGGUGCAGAAAGGAAAGACAAAGCAACAGUGUGUUGUGGCCCCUCUACCAGCAGCAAACCCAGACACUUUGACAAGACCAGCUCCUCAGUCUCGAGACCCAGCAGAGGAGGUAUCAGGUGAACACGUUGACAAGAAGGAGGAGGCAGCAGAGAUGGAUAUCGAAGAGAAAGAGCCAGUGCCAAAAGCCAGACAGUCUAAACCAAGGAAGGAGGAUUCCUCAGGAGAAACAACCCAAGAAGAAGAUCCAGUUACCCUGACGACACAAGUGCCUUCCUCUCCAGGGAAGUUGGCCCAGAAAAGGUUGCAGCGUUUUCAGGGCCCAGCAGAGGAGGUAUCAUGUACUCAUGUUGGCAAGAAUGAGGAGAAGGCAGAGAGGCCCCAUCCAGAGAUUCUAGCUCCAUCGCCUUACAAACCAGAGAAGGGCUUGGGAGAGUAUAUUCACCAGGAAAAACAGAGAGAACUAAAGACGAUGUUCCUGUUCCGUUUCAUGUCCGUCAACAAUUAA